AGCUACCUAGCUAUCAAUCUUAGCUUGCUGAGGUCUACUUAGACUUGGUGCAGUUUGCUUAGACUUGGGAAGACAUGGAAGCCCAACAAGUUCUCCACAUGAAUUUGAGCAAUGGAGAGACUAGCUAUGCUACAAACUCCAAUCUUCAAGUUCCUCCAACAGUUGAAAGUGACGAUAAGGGGAACAUUUACUUGGCAACAAGAAGUCCUCCUACUGUGUUCAAAGGGUACUUAGAGCAAUUUCAAAAGGAUUUCUCCUUAUUUCUCAGUUUAGGCUCCAAGGAAAUAACACCAGGAGGGAGAAUGGUUAUAACAAUGUUAGGCAGGAAAAAUGAAGAUCUCUUUGGCAAAGAGGGUUACUUUUUCGAGCUCUUGUCUAAGGCACUAAAUGACUUGGUCUCCGAGGGUCUCAUUGAAGAAGCACAAGUGGAUUCAUUCAAUUUGCCUUUCUAUAUGCCUUCUCGUAAAGAGUUAGAGGAUAUAGUUUGUGCAGAAGGAUCAUUUUAUCUUGAUCAACUAGAUAUCUUUGACGUCAAUUGGGAUGGGAGUGAUUAUGAUGACAACGAAGGCUUCAUGUUUGAUAGAUUUAUAAGUGCGCAGAAAACAGCAAAGUGUAUAAGAGCAGUGGUAGAACCCUUGAUUGCUUAUCACUUUGAGGAUAAUAUAAUUGAUAUUUUGUUUAGUAGGUACAUGGAGAAUGUUAGUGACCAUCUCUCAAAGGAGGAGGGUAAGUUUGUUAAUUUUGUCAUUUCCUUGAGAGGGAAAUGAAGCUUUGGGACUUUGAACAGGAUGGUUUGUAUGUUAAUAAAGUGGUUUCUAUCAGAAGUAAUAAGGAUAUAUUCAUGCUCUAGCUGCUACUAGGUAGCCAACCCUAUUGCUCUAUUAGAAGGAAAAUGUAUUCUAAUGGCCCAGAUCUCUCUUUUCAAUUUAUGAUAUGUGUUGUGAUUUGAAGGCA